GAAUAAAAAAACUUCACGGUGGUGGUCUCGGUACGGUGCCGAAGGAGGGAGAGGGAGAUUGGUGGUGGUUUGUUUGUUUACAAUUCAGGAUUAAAGAAAUUUAAAUCACAAAUAAUCAUGAUUAUUCCUGUAUUUACGUCUCACUGUAUUUAUUUCUUUCGGUAACGUAGAUUUUCAAGUUUCAGAAAAUGUCAUCUGAAGAAUACGAAUAUUACGGAUUGUUUCCAAGCACACUAUUUAUUUGCCAUGAUGAUAGAAACUCCAUGCAUUUUAUUCUAUCUCUGAGGAAUAUAGAUGAAGAAAAGAUUAAUGAGUUAGUAAAACUCAUGCGUUAUUGCGGAGCUAAAGUGAAUUUUGAUUUGAGUGAAGCAACAGACUUUUCAGCUCUAAUAGUUGAUCAUAAUGAUGUUUUAGACUUUAGUGGACCAGCCUUUACUCUAAAUUAUAUUGAAGAAUGUUUGAACACAGCUCGGGUUCAAGAUAUAUCUAAAUAUAGGCAAGAAUCUACCAGACAUAUAGCUAAAGGGGCCAGUUGUAUGAAUGUGGUUUACUUCAGGAGGCAGGGGUGGAGCUCGCUAAUUAGUGGGGCAGGAGCUCUUAAAUCUAGUAACCUUGAUAAAAACAUUGGCAGGUUAGAGUCAUCAUCAAAUGAAGAGGCUCAAAGGAAAGAUAAUCGGUCAGAGGAUGAGCUUUCUGAUUUUGUCGUGUCUGAUGAUGCUGAUGUUAAUAAGAGGACAUUUAGUAAUCAUAAAGAAAAGGAGAGUGCAAUGGAUCAGUGUAGUAAAAUAACAAAUAAGACAUCUAAAGUUCAAGAUAAGAAAAAACAUGUUAUAAAUAGUGCCCUAAAUGGCAAUAUACCCAGUGCUCAGUACACCUCAGAUAUUCAAAGGACUAGAACUGCUGCUGUUUCCAAGACAAAUAAUACCCAAAGUGAUGUUUGUGAUUCUACUUCAAGCAGUUGGUCUUUCGUGAGCGAUCUUGAAUCAGAAACUGAAAAUGUAAAAACAACCAAACAUAACAAACGAUCAAGACAACCAUAUACAUAUGAAGAACGCUCAAAUAUAUUGAAAUAUAUCGUUCACCGCCAUGAAUAUAACAGACUCAAAGGGCGAGAGGUUUGGGAAAUCAUGGAAAGGCAAAAGGUGUGUCCUUCCAGAACAUGGCAGAGUAUGAAAGAACACUUUAUAAAAAAAAUUGUUCUUGAUCUGGAACCCUACACAUUUCUAACAAAUGAGCAAAAAAGGAGGAUAAAAUCUGCAUUUUUCUAAAAUAAAUAACAAAGGAGGAGAGAGUACGAGUGUUAUCUGAGAUAUAUAUUUGAAGUAAUGUGAUUUCAAGAUGUAUAUUACUGAAAGUGAUGCAAUUUUUGAAUGCUAAAUAAAGAAAUAUAUUUUAGUUGCAUUUUUAUUUUAAAAACAA